CGUGAAUGCAACAUUAACCACCAGACAAACAUGGCGACCUGCGUCGGCAUGGUCGCAAGAGUUGGAGGCACUGUUCUGACUGUGUUAAAGCCGGUAGCAAGACAAUGUUCAAGGCAGAGGACAAGUGUGUUCAUCCCGAACCGCUUUUCACAUGGAGCACGGAGCAGUUUGUACGAGCAUGUUCGUGAAGGUUAUAGCGACAAGCCCGAGCUCGAUAUGAGAGCAGUGUGUGAGGAGACCGAGAAAGUCAUAGCAAAUGUAGAGAACAGGAAGGGGGAUCUGCGAGGGGACGAUGUCAGGAAUAUUGUAUGUGUGUGGCAGGAGCUUCAGGCAGUGAAGACUGAAAUCUCGGGGCUGGAGGAGCAGAAGAAACACAUCAGCGACACAGUCAAAGCACUAGUGGCCAAGAAAGACAAGAAAACCCUUGGCAAUCUUCCAGAGUACACCCAGACUCUGCAGAAGGGCAGAGAGAUCCGCAACAGACUGCAUCAACUUUACUCCAAAGAGACUGAGCUGGAUCAGGAGCACUAUGGACGAGCCCUCAGACUGCCCAACGCCACACACCCUGAUGUGCCAGUUGGAGACGAGAGCCAGGCAAGAGUGGUGGAAAUGGUCGGACAGAAGGCAGAGUUUGACUUCAAGCCCAGAGGCCAUGUAGAGCUGGGGGAGGAGUUGGGUCUCAUCAGGCAGCGACAUCUAGCUCAUGUCUCAGGCCACAGGUCCUACUAUCUAAGGGGAGCGGGGGCAAGACUUCAGACUGCACUUCAAAACUUUGCCCUUGACACACUGCAGCGACGGGGCUUCAUUCCUAUGGUUGUACCUGACAUGCUGAAGGGGGCAGUGUUUGAGGGUUGUGGAAUGCAGCCCAACGCUCAUAGUUCUCAGGUCUAUUCACUGGACCAGGGCCGUUUCCCAGACCUCAAUCUGGCCGGGACUGGAGAGGUUGGGGUGGCAGGCUAUUUCAUGGAUCAUGCAGUGAACUGGAAGGACAUGCCUGUCAGGACGGUAUGCAGCAGCACCUGCUACAGAGCAGAGACGGACACGGGCAGAGAGACAUGGGGGCUCUACAGAGUACAUCACUUUAACAAGAUAGAGAUGUUUGGAGUAACAGCAGAUGAGACAGGACAAGAGAGCUCUCAGCUGCUGGAGGAGUUUGUCUCUUUGCAGAAAGAGAUGUUCUCUGCACUGGAACUACACUACAGGUUAACACACACACACACACACACACACACACACAGACACACACACACACACACACACACACAUAGCAGACUGACAAAAUCUAUUGUUGCAGUCAAAGUCACACAUUCAGCUCACACACCAUUUUAGAGCCUUCAAAUCCCCACAGCACUCAGAGAAAUGUCUUCAGAUGCUAAUCUGUAAAUGGACAUCAGUAGAAACUAUACUUACUGUUGAUUCCUUUCUGCUUUAAGAUGGCCUCGAAAUUGUAUCUCAAUGUUAAGGAAAAAGAGACACAUUUUCCUGAAAAUCAAAAAGAUAUGUUUGUCCAUCUCCACUUGUGUCCCUGUCUCUGUACCUGUAAAUGCUGUUUGUAAGGUAGACAGGUGAUUUCACUCCAGUUGUAAAACGGCAUGGAUGCAAAAAAUUCUGCACUUUUAUUUGAAUGUUGUUUGUGACUGCAGAUUGCCAACCAUCAUCUUUGAAAUAAUGAAUACUGGCAAGCAGCACUUCUUUUCUAUGAAGGUAUCAUCCUCUAUGGCGUGUGGGAAAAACAGAUUCCCUACUAAUAAUAAACAGUAAUGUGUGUAUUUCAAAAUAUAUUUUGUGCAAUAACUGAUAUGUGUAAGCUCUUCUUGCCCUUCUGACUGUUACUAAUAUGUAUUACUGAUAUUUCUAGACAGGAGUAAGUCAUGGUUUCCUCUUUGUUUCUUUGAUGAUAAAGUAGAAAUAAGAAUUGUGUUUCAUUUGGCUGUCGCACUGUUAAAACCCCGACUGUUUGUGAUGAACCUGGGUGACACAGACAGAACACAGUGUUUAAGUUCUGACACUUGUGUCAGAUGUUAAGUUUGUAUUGCGCGGGGUUAGUGUGUGACCACAGGAUGCGAUGUACUUAGAGCUUAGAAGGUCUGAAAGUGUCACUUCAGGUUCUCGGCCAGCUUUGCACUCUUAACAAGCCACGGAGGAGUUGAGGGAAGAGGGAGUCACUAAAGCCAUUUUGUUGUCUUUUGGUAACAGCAACAAUGACAAUAACAUUGAUAAAUGCUCAGUAGUGUUCCGUCACAGUUGUCAUAGCUGUCAUCUAAUUUGUGUAAAUAUGUGAUAUCAUGGUCUGUAAGCCAAGGUCAGUGGAAAUACUGUAUGAAGCAGCAGCGCCCCCUAGAGGACAUUGGGUAGAAAUGCACACGCCGCAGGAUAAACAGGGUUACCAUUGAAGGCCCACUUACUGCAAUAACACAAUAUAGACUAGAGCACAUGUGAAUGCAAUAAUUAGCCAAAUAAUGAAUGAUUUCAUGUAUUUUAUUAUGUUAUCAAAGUGCAUCAUAGAGUACUCAUAUAGUAGAAUACAUCUCUCUUUUUCUACACAGCCAAGAUUUACAAUACAUUUAUGUGAUUGAACACUGGCAAGUUAGCCGGUUGGUCAAUUUGUGUAAACACGUGGUGAUAAUAACACACAAGUUCAGUCAACGCAGAUGAGCUCAUAACUGUCUAUUCCAAAGAUGAGAUGUUUGUUCACUUGAUAAAAAUCAAAACAUGAAUGUACUGUAGUUUUCCUUUUCUUUUUUAGUGCAAAAUUGUUUCCACAAACUGUAUCUUACAAACCAGCAAGAAAGAUGUAGGAAAUGUCUGUGGGGGGGGGGGGGGGGGGACAUAAGGGCAUAGAUGACAUUUCAAACAUUAGGAAACUUCAUUUGUAAUAUUACUGGCCAAUCAGAGUGCUGUAUUUUGUGCCUGCUGUAACUUCUUCUAUGCUACCUGUCAAUCAAUAAACAGAAAGUGUAUUAAAC